UUCUUCAUUUUCAGUAAANGAAUUGGCAGAUUCGUUGUUGGAAUGUACAGGUGGAGUUCCUGGUUUGUUAACUCGUGCUGUGAAUAUGCUUUUGAAUUAUGUAAUAGCAAGAAACCAGCCUUUCAUAUCGAAAGAAGAAUGUUUGACUUGUAUGAANGACUANGAUUUCCGAAUAAUUUGUGCNGAACCAUUUGUGGAACGAAUAUUGAAUUUGGACGAAGANAGAAAAAGUGUUUUNGAUAUACUUUUGAUGAUGGCUCUUUAUCGUAUACCGUUUCAAGUAGANGAUAUAUUGACCUCGGAGUCUUUUUUAUUNGAUGCAGUCACNGAAAUGGGACUAUAUCGAUGUCCUAUNGACCAGAAUACUUUUCAAGUCCUAAUUCCGAAAAUAUUUGUUGUAAUCUUCAAGAACGACCCUUCCAUAUCUUCUUUGGAAAAGAUACUUCUUGGAUCACUNGAUGUCGAACCAGUAGAUUGUUUCUUCUAUUCAAAGUGUCGUGUAUUNGAAGGAAUUGUUGCUUUACGACUAGUUUUGAUGUUGUCUUCAAAGAAUCGAAANGAGUUGAGAGAAUUGUUGUGUCAAUUGUCUCCGAUAUGGAAACAAAUGAAACUUCCAAUCAGUACAAUAUCACCUAUUCACUAUAUCAAGUCUGUUGUNAGUUCUAUAGAAACAAGAAANGAAUCGAACAAGAGUCGAAGAACUUUUGCCAAUACNGAAUGGAANAAGAUUAUUCGAGAGACACUUUAUUUAGAGACCAUUUACAUUCUUUUGGACGCUACUUCUCANAGUCCNGAUAUUAUAUUCAAAUUACAAUCUCCUGUGGAACCCAAAGUUCUUACUGUUGGAGUUGCAUGNAAAGGACGUUGGAAGUCGGAAGGAAUUGGCUGGUCAGAUAUUAUAGANGAAGCCAAGAAAUUUUUAGAUCCUGUUUANGAUCAAGUCUUAUCCAGUGCAAUGGAUUAUCAUCAUUGUAUGCUUAUUAUCGUNAGUACAAAGUUAUCAUUGAAUGUUUCNAANGAGUUGGGNAGUCAGAGUCGUUGUUACUCCAGUGGAAUGUUCAUUGGAAANGAUUCUUUCAAAGUACCNGANAAUUGNGAACUUGUUAUUCUUUGNGAAAGAGAUGUCCAAAUGCUGAUNGACAAAGAAAUAUUGAAUGGACUNGAAAGAGCAUUUCAUGUUUCUCANAAUCCUACUUUUUGGGAUUUUGGAUUAGAUUUACUNGANAGAAUCCGNAACAGUUUCUUAAGUUGGCAAUAGAUUCUCAGUCCUUCCCUUUGUUUUGAAGAGCGAUUAAAUUUUUUUUGUAUGUU